GCAAGAAAUGACGACACCGCCUGCCUACUGUUGGUGAGACACCGAUAGGACAGCCCCAAGUCACCUUACCCUUUUUUUUCCCUCGUGUAUCUUUGCCAGCUUCCUUUCUUCCCCCUCUUCUUCCAUCUCUCUUGUUUUUUCUCCAAUUCGCUCCUCUCCCCUCUCUUUCCUUCUAGACCGUUGCUUCGUUUGGUUUCGCUAGCAGUUGGCCCGCCCUCGUCGAAACAUCUCCACCCGCGGUCUUCUCUCGCCAACACAACAAACACACACACAAGCCCGCAUCAUGUCGUCCGCCGAGAUCCCCUCCCCCAAGGCGGUUGCCCAGAAGAUCGAGGCAGCUCUACCGUCGCCCCAAGAGGUCAAGAAGGACGCUGCGUCCGGCCUCGCGAGCCAAUUGCGCUCCUUUGCCGCCGGCGGCUUCGGCGGUGUCUGCGCCGUCAUUGUCGGCCACCCGUUCGAUCUCGUCAAGGUCAGACUGCAGACUGCUGAGCGAGGCGUCUACUCUGGUGCCAUUGAUGUCGUGCGCAAGUCGAUAGCUCGCGAUGGCAUGCGCAGAGGCCUCUACGCUGGUGUCAGCGCGCCUCUGGUCGGUGUCACGCCCAUGUUCGCCGUCUCCUUCUGGGGCUACGAACUCGGCAAGCAGAUUGUUUCCAAGGUCAGUACCGUUGGCCCCGACGGCCUCACCACUGCCCAGAUCUCCGCCGCCGGUUUCUUCUCCGCCAUUCCCAUGACCGCCAUUACCGCGCCCUUCGAACGUGUCAAGGUUAUUCUCCAGGUCCAGGGCCAGAAGCAGCUUGCUCCUGGCGAGAAGCCCAAGUACAGCGGUGGUCUCGACGUUGUCCGCCAGCUCUACCGCGAGGGCGGCGUCCGCUCUGUCUUCCGUGGCACCGUUGCUACUCUUGCUCGUGACGGUCCCGGUUCCGCCUGUUACUUUGCUGCCUACGAAAUCAUCAAGCGCAAGCUUUCCCCCAAGGACGAGAACGGCAAGCCCACUGGCCAGCUGAGCGUCAGCGCCAUCAUGGCUGCUGGUGCCGGUGCCGGUGUUGCCAUGUGGAUUCCCAUCUUCCCCAUUGAUACCAUCAAGUCGCGUCUCCAGACUGCCGAGGGCAAUGUUACUUUGGGCGGUGUCGUUCGCGAGCUCUACGGCAAGGGUGGUGUCAAGGCCUUCUUCCCCGGCUUUGGCCCUGCUCUGGCUAGAGCUGUUCCCGCCAACGCCGCUACGUUCCUUGGUGUUGAGCUGGCUCACAAGGCCAUGACCCAGGUCUUUGGUUAAAUCUGUCACUGGUAGAAAACGGAGAAAAAAAAAAGGAUAAAAGCAACGAAAUUUUCCAUUUGCGACAAUCACAGGAGAGUCCAAAACACCACGAACAUCGAUCUUCGACGCUUUUGCAAGCGAUAUAAAGAAUUAUAGAACAAAUUAUUGCCACAUACUAGCGGUAGCGCCGGCAUGAACAAAUGGCAGCAAUACUAGACGUCUAAAACUACGAUGUGCACCACCCG